AUGGAGUUGUGGGACGACGUUGUCCGCCUGGUGGUCGAAAAUCUGAGUGGAUUUGCACGACCAGGUUCCCGAAUAUGGUGGUGCUCGACGUCUGUCUUCAAUUUCUUGCCGUUGCACGCUGCUGGCACGUACAGGCCAGGUGAACGAUUGCUUUCGCAGUUAUAUAUCUCUUCAUACACGCCAUCCCUUACCGCGUUGAUGAGGGCUCGCAGAAAUCAUGACAGGUCGCUGUCGGUGUCAUUCGCUGCCAUUGGCCAGAAUCGCCCAGCUGGUGCUUUAUUCACUUUGGAUGACUGCAGAGUCUUUUACCCCCCUCCUCCAACUGUUUCCUUCACCAAGAUAACAAGUGUUGAUGCCACAAAAUCGAGAGCGCUGUGCGCAUUGCAUGACAAUACUUGGCUCCAUCUCUCAUGUCACGGAACACAGAAAUUGGACGAACCCUUCAAUUCGGCCUUCCUCAUGCGCGACCAACCGCUUUCACUCCUCGAUAUUACCCAAAUGGAUCUGUCUCGGCAUCAAUUUGCAUUUCUCUCUGCCUGUGAGACCGCAGUCGGUGCCGUUAGUAUGCCCAACGAAGUGAUACACCUAGCGGCUGGCCUGCAGUUCGCUGGGGUUAAGAGCGUCGUUGAGACAGUAUGGGAGGUCAAUGAUAGUACUGUGCAGCGGUUGGUCGAGGCAUUCUACAAAAACUUUUGCGGGGAUGGCAAAAUGAAUCCCAAACGAGCUGCACGAGCGCUGCACAGAGCGGUCCAGUCGUUGGCCAGCGACAAGGACAUGCCCUUAGACCAGCGCAUAGUGUUCAUGCACAUUGGCAUAUGA